AUGAGAGGUUCGUCGUAUUCGCAGAAGAGCCUGAGCGUCAGCGGCUCCAGCCGGAUGAGGGUCCAGAGCCCGUCUCCGUCCCGAUGCCGUGGAUCCUCGUACAGCCGCGGACGGACGGGACUCCAGGGCCAGGCGGUGGAAGUGGCCACCGAGAUCCACCAGCACCACGCCAACGAGAAGGAGGUGAUGCAGGAGCUCAAUGUGCGCUUCGCCGGAUACAUCGAGAAGGUCCAGGCGCUGGAGCAGAGGAACAGCGCUCUGAGAGCCGAGGUGGAGGCCCUUCAGGGACGCUUCAAGGGAGGGCCCACCGGCCUCGGGGACGAGUACGAGCUCAAGUUUAAAGAGAUGAGGGAGCUCAUCGAAGCUCUGACCGCUGAGAAGGGCGCGGCUGAUAUCCAGAGAGGCUACAUCGAGGAGGAGGUGGAGGUCUGGAGACUCAAGCUGGAGGAGGAGCUGGCCAUCAAAGAGGAGGCCGAGAUGAUUCUCCGCGAGUUCCGUCAAGACGUGGACAGCGCGACGCUACAGAAGGCCGACCUGGAGAAGCGCAUCGAGCAGCUGGUGGCCGAGAUCGAGUUCCUGAAGAAGCUCCACGACGAGGAAGUGGCUGACCUCCUCAAGCAGAUCGAGGAGUCCAAGGUGACGGUGGAGCUGGACUCCGACAGACCGGACCUGGCCGCUUACCUGCGCAGCAUGCGCGCCGAGAUCGAGUCUGUGUCUGCUCGCAACGUCCAGGAGGCCGAGAAGUGGUACAAGGGUAAAUUCGACACUCUGAAGGAGCAGGCCGGCAAACACGAGGACCAGAUGAAGAGCAUGAAGGAGGAGAUCAGCGUCUUCCACAACCAGGUGACGGAGCUGCAGAGCCAGAUCGACGGGCUGAGGGCGAGGAACGCGGCGCUGGAGCAGCAGCUGGAGGACACGGAGGCGGCGCAUCUGGACAAGACGGCCGGUCUGGAGCACAUCAUCACACAGCUAGAGAGCCAGCUGUGCCAGACCAAGCUGGAGAUGGGAAAAUACAUGGCUGACUACCAGCAGCUGCUCCACAUCAAGCUGAAGCUGGACGCUGAGAUCGCCACCUACAGGAGGCUGCUGGAAGGAGAGGAGAAGCGGCUCGGGCUCUCCGCCGCAGGCAGUGUUGGUGCAAUGCAGUACUAA